CUACACGCUGUGUGUCUCUUUCCUUGGCUUCCUGGCGUAGCGGCGGCAACCACCAGUUAGUAUAUUUGUCUAAAUACAGAGAAGAACCAGGAACACAGUUAUCAGCCAGGGAGUAAUGUUAUGGUUGAAGCGGGUUGGAAGCCUAGUGUAAACUUGAAGGCGGCCAGGAGCCAGAGCCCAGCACAGUCAUCCUAAGGGGAAGUGUGGAAAUUUGUCGAGUCCCAAAAAUCCCCACCGACGGCUAGUGUUAAAAUAUUUCUGUAGCCCUGUUCAGCCGUGUUAACAGCCUAGUUGAUCAGGUCAGUAACCAGGAGACUUAGUCACCAGGCUACGAGGGACGUGACCCCCACAAAUCGUCUAGUUAAAAGGUACACAUGACUUGUUUCACCACCUUCAUUACCAUCACCAUGGCACUACCGCUGUUUAAGGCGGUGCCCCUCAACACCGUUCUGGAAGACGAUGCUACUUUAGGAGAUUCAAAUUCCAUGUCGAUGAAAGAGAGGAGGAGUGUACCGACGAACCAACUUGAAUCAGUGAACCGGAACUCCAGAUACUGCAAAUACACGAAUUCGAUGAUAGACUGUGAUUACAACUGGGAAGAACAGAAUGUGUCGUUGAGGGCGAAACAAGAUGAAGAGAAGAUAUUUAUCAAACGCCUCCAUCACCUCACCCUUGACUACUCAGGUUUCUGCGAUUUGGAACUCUACAGUGUCGCUGAUGCUCAACUGAAGGCACAACCAUCCACUUCUUGCUCAAGCAUGAGGGUCUCACUCCGCAAUGUUACCCUCGACUUCCUGGGUGACCCUGUGGCUGACCUGUAUGCCCUUAAUUCAAAAGUAAGAGAGGUGAGUCUGAAGAGUGUCAAGGAGCAGCUGAGGAUCAUUGGCUCGAGUAUAAGAGUGUUCAAGGUGGAUGAGGUUCGUGGAGAUGUAUUUGUUAAGGUACAUAACACCACCAUCACACACCUUGAGAGACUUCACAUCAAGGAGUACGCCAAGCUCCUCUUAUUGGACAGUGUGAUCGACAAGGUUCCAGCAGGUGCUCUGGUAAUGUCAUCCAGCGGCAACAUACUCGACAAGGUCAAGUUCCCUACAUCACGUGACCAUCCUAAGGCGAGCCUGGUACUUGAACCUGGCGCUGAUGUCACUCUGCAGGACGUGUCAGGUACAGUGUUGGUGUCCUGCUCUGUCUGUUCCACUCCUCCUACAACACUCCCACAAGCUCCUCUCCAUCAACAUUUAUUUAUUUCCACCUCACCAACAACAGUAACACACCAGAAAGAAGAAUGUUACUGUUCAUAUAUUCUGCUGAGUCUUCUUGUCAUUCUCAAUAUAAUAAUAAUAAUCACACUUAUUUCUUACAUAAUUGUUUUAAAAAAGAACUUUCAUAAAGUCUCACAAACAAGACUUUCUGAAAACAAUAAUAAUGAUAAUGAGAGAUCAUUAUUACAGUGAGAAUGGAGCUAGACAUUAUAAUGAUACUGGUGACACUCAGCCUUUUACAACCAGUCCAUUACAAGUUUUUGUUCUUAAGAAAUAAUCUUAUAACUUUUAUUUUAUAACUACGUUUGUAACUCCCUGUUAAUACUUUGUAAUAAAGAUCAAAAAUCUUCUAGUCUUAAUACUAGUCUAAGUUUACCCAAAGUCCUCUGCAUCUAUGGCUUAUCUAAUAAUUGCAUAUUUUAAACAGUGGUUUGAAAUACAAAAAUAUAAUUUCAAUUAGAACUGAAGCAAGUGUACAAUGUUAGUCUGAAGGACUGUUAGGAAGACAUGGUCGAGUACUCGAGGCUGACUUUACAAACUAUGCUAAAUUAGUAAUGUUUGUAAACUUCUGUCUGCACGAGGCUGCUCAGGGUGUCAGGUAGUCAGUCCAUAAAUCCUAACAGGAUUUUGGGACUACCUGCCAGGAUUCUCAGAUUAGAUGUAAGAAUUCUAAAGAGCAGUCACUCUGAUUAUGCAUUAACUAUUAUUAUUAUUAUUAUUAUUAUUAUUAUUAUUAUCAUCAAAACUAAGCGCUAAAGCCGCAAGGGUCAAGCAACAAUAACAACAGAUGAACAUAAAAUAGUGCAAUUAUAAACCAUACCACGGGGGGGAAUAGAACACGCGGUCAGAAUCUCACUUGACCUUGUUUGUUUUGGUAGUCUCCCAACAACACUCAGUCUUGCAACUCAAGUAUGGUCAGCCUGGCUCACCAUACUUGCAACAUAAGAGUCGUCGGAGGUGCAGGAGGUGGCAGGAGAUGCAGGUGUAGGAGGUAGCAGGAGAUAUAGUAGGUGCAGGUGUAGGAGGUGGCAGGAGAUGCAGGUGUAGGAGGUGGCAGGAGAUAUAGUAGGUGCAGGUGUAGGAGAUGGCAGGAGAUGCAGGUGCAGGUGUAGGAGGUGGCAGGAGAUGCAGGUGCAGGUGUAGAAGGUGGCAGGAGAUGCAGGAGGUGUAGGAGGUGCAGGUGUAACAGGUAUAGGAGGUACAGGAGGUGUAGGAGAUGCAGGAGGUGUAGGAGGUGCAGGUGUAGGAGGUGGCAGGAGAUGCAGGAGGUGCAGGUGUAGGAGGUGUAGGAGAUGCAGGAGGUGUAGGAGGUGCAGGUGUAGGAGGUGGCAGGAGGUGCAGGUGUAGGAGGUGGCAGGAGAUGCAGGAGGUGUAGGAGGUGCAGGUGUAGGAGGUGGCAGGUGUAGGAGGUGCAGGUGUAGGGGGUGGCAGAGGUGCCACGUGUGCUAGUAUCUGACUUACGAUAAUAAGCCAGUCUUAGUUUCAUGUCUGAAGAGUUGUGUGGCCUCGAACUGAAGAAUAUAGUUACCUUGCAGUUCAAGAAAUGUCCAAGUAUUUUCUCCACAGUGGUAUAUUACAUUCCACUGUGGAACAAAACAAACCUGACUUUGCUCACUAUAAAUAACGCAUUAGUACUUUUAUUUUUGACGUGUGUGUGACCUGAGUCAUGUCUGCAUAAAUAAUUCAUUACUUUUGUAACCAGAUAUAAACAUGUAAAUAGUUUAUUACCAUUGUAACUUGUUUAUUACCAGUGUAACUUGUUUAUUACCAUUGUAACUUGUUUAUUACCAUUGUAACUUGUUUAUUACCAUUGUAACUUGUUUAUUACCAUUGUAACUUGUUUAUUACCACUGUAACUUGUUUAUUACCAUUGUAACUUGUUUAUUACCAUUGUAACUUGUUUAUUACCAGUGUAACUUGUUUAUUACCACUGUAACUUGUUUAUUACCACUGUAACUUGUUUAUUACCAUUGUAACUUGUUUAUUACCACUGUAACUUGUUUAUUACCACUGUAACUUAUUACCACUGUAACUUGUUUAUUACCAUUGUAACUUGUUCAUUACCAUUGUAACUUGUUUAUUACCAGUGUAACUUGUUUAUUACCAGUGUAACUUGUUUAUUACCAGUGUAACUUGUUCAUUACCAUUGUAACUUGUUCAUUACCAUUGUAACUUGUUUAUUACCAGUGUAACUUGUUUAUUACCAGUGUAACUUGUUUAUUACCAGUGUAACUUGUUCAUUACCAUUGUAACUUGUUCAUUACCAUUGUAACUUGUUUAUUACCAUUGUAACUUGUUUAUUACCACUGUAACUUGUUUAUUACCAUUGUAACUUGCUCAUUACCAUUGUAACUUCAUUACCACUGUAAAUUGUUCAUUACCAUUGUAAGUUAUUCAUUACCAGUGUAACUUGUUCAUUACCAUUGUAACUUCAUUACCACUGUAAAUUGUUCAUUACCAUUGUAAGUUAUUCAUUACCAGUGUAACUUGUUCAUUACCAUUGUAACUUCAUUACCACUGUAAAUUGUUCAUUACCAUUGUAAGUUAUUCAUUACCAGUGUAACUUGUUCAUUACCAGUGUAACUUGUUCAGCUGCCAAAACUUUGCGGGACAGUCCGUGGACCAAUUAUAUGCCUGUGUAAUCUUUUGAGGUAAACUUGUCUUAAACACAACACUAGACAUGUUUAGCUUAUCUGGGUAGACAAUCAGUUCACAAGUGGAGGCUUGAUCUACUGGGAGGAGGAACUGCAGUCUACUGCCAUAAUGAAUUAAGAAGUCCAACAUGUACCAGGGAUGACCUGGGUUCAAUAACUGGUCCAAUAGCUGGCCCCAAUGAUUGGAACUGUCUACAGGUUACCAUAUACUAGUUCUGUCACCUUCAAUGGCAACCUUUAAGACUUAUUAAUAAAUUAAACAUCACCUAAU